AGGCUUCAGCGCGAGCCUUUCAUAUUUGAAGAAGGACAGCUUACGAUCUCCACCACAGCGCCCCAUGCUCGUGGCGCUGCUCUGCGCCGUGAGCCUCGGUGCCCCGCGGCGGGCGGCCGCGCUGCACGUGGAGGGGCUGCAGGCCCUCGACGCGGCCGCCCGGGCGCGGGAAGAGAGCGACGGGGAGGUCCUGAGCAUCGAUUAUCGAAGACCGGCGCCAGGGAGGUCUCGGAGAACUGCCUCGCCGAUCCCUCGCGCUCCAAGUGGAACAUGACCACCAGGACGAGGGGUGCCGUGGCGCCUUGUGAUUCAUUUCUGCCGAAAAAGGUUGCCGUUGGGCCUCCUGCCGGCCAUCUUGUGGGGGCCUCCGCGCGCCCCUUUCCUCGGGCUUCCUGUGCACGCGAGUUCAUAGGACAUAACUCAGCACAGUUCAACAGCAAAAAAAACAGACACGAGGAAGAUGGGGAACCUGAAGGCUUCGGAGUUCGUGCAGCAGCCGCCAAAGCCCAUCGAGGAAGUCAACAAGACCGUCAAGGUGGCCUUCCUGAUGUUCGUCAACAAGAGGGUCGAGAACCCGAAGCUCUGGAAGCAGUGGAUGCAUGACGCGCGCGAGAACGGCCUGGAUUUCAAGCUCCAUAUCCACGCAUAUGGCAUAUUCCGACCGUUCGGGGUCUACAAUGCCAGCGAAUUCCACCAGAAGGAGUUCCGCAAAUACAUGUCGAAAGGCUGGUCUUGGUCGAACUGGUGCAUGAUGUGGGACGCGGAGUUCCUCGUCUUCAAGGAGGCGUUCCAGGAUCCAAACGUCACACACUUCAUCACGCUCUCUGCAGACACCAUCCCCGUGAAGCCGAUGCGCUACAUCUACCAGGCGCUGGAGGACGACCCCGUGACCCGCAUGUGUGCGGACGACUACGUCUACAAGCCUUGGCCGCGGGCCGAGACUUGGUGGGCCAUGCGCCGCGGCGACGCCGAGCUCUUCAUCCAGCACGAAGACCAGGCGAGGGAGAAGUUCCGCUGCGAGUGCUCGGAGGAGGAGGCCUGGUACUACCCGCUCCGCGCCCGCAUGGAGCGCUGGGGCCGAGAGGCGGCACCCGUGAAGAACGAGUGCAUCACGCUCACGGACUGGGCCGACGGGAACCAGUCGUGCAAGCAGUGGGCCGACAUGGUGAAGUUGUGCCCGAAUAACUGCCGAGUUACGCGCUCGAUGAACAAAACGGAAUCCGCCACGAAGCAUCCGGUUAUCUUCCACCAGCUCACCACGCCUGCUUUCAAGGAGCUCAUGGCUUCUCCGUUUUGGUUCAUGCGCAAGGUCGACGACGAGGCGAUGGCGAACCCGAACAGGUUCGGGGCGAUGCUGGCAGACUACACCGCGAAUUACACGGACCCUGCAGAGGGGUACGAGGAGAACUUGAACAUCCCCGAGGAGGAAGAGGACCUGCCCGAUGCGCCCCCGGAGCCUGAGGAGCCCGCACAGCCCCAGCGCAGGCAGCGCUGGUGGGACCACUUGCGCCCCCACCGCCGCUGAGCGACGAUCCGCAGUUGCAGCAGGCUGGGGUAUGAUGGGGGAACGGGAAGCGGGAGGGCGAACGGCGCGCCUCUGCCGAGGGGCCCCCCCGCACUCGGCCACAGACCCGUGGCACCGCGGCGCGGCGGCGCCCGCCGCGGGCCACCGUCGCAGAGCGAUCGGCCGUUGG